UCAUCUGCACAGUUGUUACGUCACGAUGUCAAGUCUGACACGACGCUUGAGCAUGCGCUUAGGGCCUUUUCCGUUCAGAGUAAAGAUGGCGAGAGUUACAGGAGUUCCAAUUCAUUUUUUUUAAACCUGAGCAAGAUAAAGAAAUGACAAUAAAAAUUGCCUGCAAAGUGAGGUCAAUGUCGGGCACUCGCAGACUAUCAAAUAAAGAAAAAGGUGGAGUACACGAAAUUAGACUGAAAAAGCAUGAAUCUACUUAUGCAUAUAUCAAGAGUGAAGUUGAAAAACAUUUUAAAGGGAAUGUUGAACCUGGACUGGGUGAUACUGGAAAAGAAAUCUGGAAUAUUGAUGAUGGAGGGGAUGAUGAUAAUGAUGACUCUGAUAGUGAGGGUACUAAAAUACUGGAAGAAAACAUGAAAAAGGGGAUGCAGCCCCAUGGCCUGAGUUAUCUACAAGGAGGGGAAGAAUUUCCAGAUGCAGUUAUUGAAGUUGUCAAGAAAUGUUUAAUGUAUGAUAUGACAAAAAGACCAAGUGCUAUUGACAUUGUUGUUAAACUGCAACACUUGCAGAAAAAAUGUAGCAGAUGCUGCAAGUCUUCUUAAUACCUAGUGUGUAAUCACAUUCAAAAGACAUUUUAGCUUGACUAUAAGAAUAUCGAUCACUUAACUAACUAGUUAAUUAAAAUGUUAACAAGUUACGUAACUAGUUAAUCUCUUAAUUAACUAGUAAAUUAAGAGGUUAACUAGUUACAUAACUAAUUAACCUCUUAAUUAACUAGCUAGUUAGGAGGUCAACUAGUUACGUAACUAGUUAACCUCAUAAUAUUAAGUUGCAAAAUAAUAAAAGGAUGGCAGUUGUAGGAACUAACAUGCAUUU